AUGACGGAGCCUCCCCGCGGCCUGUGGCCGUGCCUGCUGUCGGUCUGCCUGGGACUGCUCUUCCUCGCCCUGCCUGGUGCAGCAUACGAGGCUGUCUCGGAUGCGACGCUGAAACUGCUUCCACGGCCCAACGGCGACUUUGAUAUCCAUAAUGGAGCCAUCUUGGCUCCGAUCCUGCGGCCUCGCGUGCCAGGGACUCCGGGCUCGACCGCGGUGCUCAACCAUUUCGUCGACUUCUUCCGCACCAACCUGCCGGACUGGAAGAUUGAAUUCCAGAACUCGACCUCGAAAACGCCCGUGACGGGAAACAAGGAGGUUCCGUUUGUGAAUUUCAUCGCGUCUCGCGACCCGCCGUGGGCCUCGGUGGGCGACGUGGAAAGGCUGACGCUGGUCGCCCACUACGACAGCAAAUACGAGCCAGAAGGAUUUAUCGGAGCCAUCGACAGCGCAGCGCCAUGUGCGAUGAUCAUGCACGCCGUGCGGAGUAUCGAUGCGGCGUUGACCAGGAAAUGGGGAGCCAUGGAGGCGGAGGGCCAGAGAGACACAUCCCUGGAUGCAUCCACGGGCAUCCAAGUGAUAUUUCUUGACGGGGAGGAGGCGUUCAAAAAAUGGACGGCGACGGACUCCUUGUAUGGAUCGCGAGCUCUCGCGGAGGAAUGGGAGCACCGGACCAAUCCCGCCAUGUCGACCUUCAAGACGCCGCUGUCGGCCAUCUCCCUUUUUGUGCUUCUGGACCUCCUGGGCUCGAAAGAUCCCAGGGUUCUGUCUUAUUUCCCCACGACCCAUUGGGCCUAUCAGAACAUGGGCACUCUCGAAAAACGGCUGCGGGAAUUGAGACAAUUCAAGUCUUCGCCGAAUUACCAGGGAAAGCGCGCACCGGAGCCUACGUGGUUUGUCGACACGUCCAGGAGUGAGCGGGAUCUCCAACCCUGGGGUGCCAUCCAGGACGACCAUAUCCCAUUCUUACACCGCGGGGUGGAAGUCCUCCACGUCAUCGACACGCCGGCAUCGACUGGCUUUCCCGCCGUCUGGCACACCAUCAACGACGACGGCGAGCACCUGGACAUAGACACGGUCGAGGACUGGAGCCUGCUUGUCACGGCGUUUGCGGCCGAAUGGAUGGAGCUGGAGGGUUACUUUUCUGAAGCAGACGCGACGCCGUCUCAGGCGGGAUCCGCGGUGCGGAGUCAGGAAAGCAGCAAUGGGGCCAAGUCCAUCAAAUGGAAGAGAAAACCCAGUAGUGACAAGACAGAAUUGACAGCGCUGAUGCUUUCCCAUUCUAGUGCCUGA